AUGUAAAAAAGAGACAAAUCCCCAAUCAUACAUGUUAAUCUUAUGAAGGAAAAUAUCCAUACCAAACCACAUUCCCUUAAUAAAAAUGGCAAAUCUAGUAAGGCUAGUCUCAAUUUGGUUAAAGUAUUGGCAACAAGAAGAUCUGAUAUGAAUUCUCUUUGGGAACCGCCUGAAGAUUAAAAAUAGCAUUCAAACAGAUUCGAUAAUUAUUUCCAAAGACAUUCAACUCGGAGAUCCAAUGCUCAAACCUCUAGAGAAAGAGAGAGAGAUUUUUCAGACUCGCCUAAACAAUCUCCAUCACAUCACUAAUGUGUUAGACAUAUCAACAAAACCUAACAAAGAAAGAGGAUUGCACAAAAUCUAUGUUGUUUACCCUAAUGUGAUACUCAUUUAUUAUGCAGAGAAUGCAAACAUAAAAUAAUCCAAUGCAAACAUGAUUAAAUUGUUAAAUUGACUGAAUUCAUUGAAUAACCCAUCUUAAUUUUUCUAAAAAAGGACAAUUAACAAAGUGAAUUAAUUGGAAAUCUGAUUUUACAGUAAAUGUAAUUAUUUAAUAAAGUCAAAUUUCAAGCUGAAUAAUCAAAAUAAUAGAUGCAGGAAUAUUUGGAGAACAUUCAGGAUCAACUCAAAAUGAAGUGUUAGGUGAUAUAAACUGAAUUCAAUGAAAAAGUCGAUUUUCAAUUAAGAUAGAUUAGAACUGACAUAGAUUAAUUAGUUUAAACGAGUUUAGUUUACAAAGAUGAUUUCGACAACAGACUCAAUUAAAAUGAUGAUUUCGUAGAAUCAGUAAAACUAUUCAAAUAAUAAAGUGAAGAUCCCUAUGAAUAGGUAAUGAAUUAAGUAAAUUAAUUACAACAAAAUCUCAAUAAAAUUCCUUAAUUGAACUCCCUCGUUCUAGAAUUGAAAACAGAUAUUACCAUCAAAGAUUUUAGUUAUUCUAAAUUGAUAAUUUGA